AUGGACGCCGCUCACAUGCAAAGCGAGUUGGAUCGAGCUAACGAUAAACUGGACAGGUUAGAGGCACUGAGGAAGGGUGCAGUGGAAAGCUACCAAGGGGAGAUGGACGAGUUGGCGGGAGAGAAGAGUUAUUGGAUGGAAGAAAGAAAAAAGUUGGCUAUUGAUUUAUCGACUAAUACCCUCUUCAUUACAGCAUUAAUAAGCCAAGAUCAGUUUCUGUCGGAAAUUCUACCAUCUAUACACUAUAUUGAACAAUUAAGGAAUACAACACACAAAAGUUUUAAUGAACCCAAAAAAAUAUCUUCAUGGAUCGAUUAUUUCACAAAAGUUAAUAAUUUUGACUUUGAAAAGGAAGCAAAAUACAAUAAGCCUGUUUUCGUAAACGCGGAUAAUGUGGUCAGACAUGGACGGUCGGGUUUACCAGACUUUGUUGCAAAAAAAGAAAAUACUAACAUUCUUGUAAUCGAAGUCAAGAAAAAGAAUGUUUUGCCUAUUGAUAGGGGUUCGUCUGUGGAAUUUUUCCAAAAUCAUUCGAAAGGGCAAUGUGUCAUCUCACAAGCAUUUACCUAUAUGAUUUCAGAGACUCUAUCUUUUGACAAUAAUAAUCCGACGGUGUUAAAAGCGUAUGCUUAUCUAGCCCUACGGGCGAAACACAAUCAUUAUCUUCCGCAUCCUAACCUUAUAUCUAUACCAAACACUAUGUCUCAGCCCAGAUAUCUCACUCGUUCAGUUAAUAGAGGUCAAAACCAACAACCUCCAGGGAA